GGGGCACCUUCAGCUCAGCAUGAGAGAGGAAGGGAAAGAGAAAAACGUUGAUGCAAGACAGAAGCAUCGAUUGGGUAGCUCCCAACAGUGCCCAGACUGGGGACCACACACACCCUGACCGGGGACCAAACCUGCCCACCUAGAGGGAGUGCCUUUCCAUUCAUGUGGGCCAAGCUGGUGUCCAGAUUGGGGAUGCUUGCUGGGAACUCUAUUGCCUGGAACAUGGAAUCCAUCCGGAUGGCUUUCUUCUCAACAGUAAAAAGGAUCAGUUGGGAGUUGCUAAAAUGGAGCAUAAGGAUGCCUCUUUUGAUACUUUCUUUUGUGAGACAAGAGCAGGGAAGCAUGUGCCCAGAACACUCUUCAUUGACCUAGAGCCAACUGUUAUAGAUGGGAUUCGAACAGGCAAGUACCGCUCACUCUUCCACCCAGAGCAUCUCAUUAAUGGGAAGGAGGAUGCUGCAAAUAACUAUGCCCGAGGCCACUACUCUCUGGGGUCAGAGAUCAUCGACCUUGUGCUAGAGAGAAUCCGAAAACUGGCAGAGCAGUGCAGUGGACUGCAGGGAUUUUUGAUUUUCCGAAGCUUUGGCGGAGGCACUGGAUCAGGAUUUACAUCGCUCUUAAUGGAACAGCUGUCGGUACAAUAUGGCAGGAAGACUAAAUUGGAGUUCUCUGUCUAUCCAGCCCCCAGGAUCUCCACUGCUAUAGUAGAACCUUAUAACUCCAUCCUCACCACCCAUUUCACAUUAGAGCACUCAGACUGUACCUUCAUGGUGGACAAUGAGGCCCUCUAUGACAUAUGCCAUCAUAAACUUGGUGUUGAACGCCCCUCUUACACCAUCAUUAAUAGGUUAAUAAGUCAAGCAGUAUCUUCCAUUACUGCUUCCCUUCGGUUUGAAGGGUCCUUGAAUGUGGACUUAAAUGAAUUCCAGACCAAUCUAGUACCUUAUCCAAGAAUACAUUUCCCCAUGACAGCCUUUGCCCCCAUCAUUUCUGCUGACAGUGCCUACCACAAGGACUUCUCUGUGUCAGAUAUCACCACUGCUUGCUUUGAAUUCUCCAACCAGCUGGUCAAGUGUGAUCCUCGACUGGGGAAGUACAUGGCCUGCUGUCUACUCUAUAGGGGGGAUGUGGUUCCCAAGGAUGUGAAUGCAGCAAUUGCAGCCAUGAAGUCAAGAAACUCCGUUCAGUUUGUAGAUUGGUGUCCAACAGGUUUCAAGGUGGGCAUCAACAGUCAACCACCCACAGUGAUGCCAGGGGGCGAAAUGGCCAAGGUCCAGCAGGCUGUCUGCAUGCUGAGCAACACCACAGCAGUUGUAGAGGCCUGGGCCCGCCUGGAUCACAAGUUUGACCUUAUGUAUGCCAAGAGGGCAUUUCUACAUUGGUACAUCAAAGAAGGCAUGGAAGAAGAUGAGUUUUUAGAGGCCAGGGAAGAUCUGGCCGCUCUAGAGAAGGAUUAUGAGGAGGUGGCACAAAGUUCCUAAUGCAUAUGUGAUGGUGGAAAUGAAUGUUAAGUGCCAUAUUUACUUUUUAAGACAUUAUACAGUUAAUGGGUAGAAUUCCCUUGAUUAGAAGAAGAAUGAAAUCAAAUCAAGUAAGAACAUAAGUUCCACACUAAAUUAAAUCAGCUGAUAUUAACAAUGAGCACAUCUUUUCUUGUCAGUAUAAUUCAGCACUGCUACCUGUGAAUCUUCUAAGCUUUCGAGUCCUUUCUGAGUUAUGUAUGACUUUUUUUUUGUUCUUUGAAUAGAAACCUGGCUAUAUUCUUUGCUGUUUCAACCAUGACACUAUGAAACCCUGUACUAUAUCUGAGGUGGAACACAGCACAAUUUUGAUUAUUAAUGUUAUUUCCUCCACAUCUAUACUUUGUACAUUGAUUAAAUAAUGAGCAUUUUCAGUA